GGUUUGAUUGCUUGCGUUAGAUGAGAAAAAUAGUUUUGCCUACCUGAUGUUGUAGAUUAAUGCAGGUGGAGUUCGGGUCGCGACUCGCGGUCUUUAUGUCAAACGGUUCUGGUCUGGUACAGAAAUAAAUUAGUGCUGCUGUCGGAUAACGGGUCGGGUGUUCUGUUAAGUACUGCUGGUGAACGUUUACCAAACAGGACCCGUGCAGGACUCUGCUCUGCGUCAGAUAACCCCAUGUGCGUGAUGCGCCAUUUACAGGAGGGGGCACUUAAUUUUUCACGUAGGGCCGGUAUUGGACAUUUGAUGAAAUUCAGCCCACAGACUCCUUUGAGCACAGUACUGUCUGCGUGGAAUCAAAGUCCGUGUCAUUUGAACACAUUUUAAAGAUUUAAGCCAUUCAAGAGCGAUGCAAGGACCAGAACUGGUCGACUCGAGGAGUCGUUUUCGAUUUAUUGAAUCUUGUCUCGGCUUGAUGGGCUGUUUGUGUAUCAGCUAUGCGAUCUGGUCACCUCGGUGGCUGGAUGACCAGGGUCUGUGGACCUCAGGGAAUGAGACCAGACUGGACGACAGCUGGACCACUGAAGACAUUGCUAAAGUUUCCACAGCUCUGGAGGCUGAGAGAGUGUUUGCAGUGGUGGCUUUCCUGAUGUCUGUGAGCUCUGGACUGCUGUGUCUCAUGUUUGCCCUCUGCUGGACGUCUCAAACGGUGCGUUCCUACUCCAACACUCGCUCGCUGCUGAUGGCAGGCCAGGCGCUCGACCCGACCACCCUGCUGCUGUUCACACUAGUACCUACAGGUUUUUUCUUUUUUCUCAUCUGGGCGCUUUUUACCCAUCAACAUAUUGGUGAGAUCAGGGAUGAUGUUAGUCGACUCGGCCCGUCCUACUGGCUGGGAGUGGUGGGUUGGGCUUUGCUAUUGGCCGUGCUGCCUGUGGUCUUCCUGGCAGAGAAGUUUGUGGUUCCCGACAUCCUGCCGGAGUUAAAAAAGGCUGCCGAAAUGUGGUGGAAGGCUCCGGAGGUUGCACACGCGCGAUCGUUUAGUGAGGGUUGCCAUCGUUCACAGCAUAAGUCUCAUGCUGACUUCAGGAGGUAUUUGUCAGUGCCUUGAACGAGAGGAAGGAGGUAGAAACAAAAUACAUGAAAGAAGAGACUCUGGUCUCGCUGGUCUUCUAGCCAAAUAUAUGAGCUGAGCAUAUGCCUCACAACAGGGUCAAGGACCUGGAUGAGAAACCUGUAACUGCUCUCUGUGAUGUGGGACACAAAGCUACAGGUUAUAAGGUUCAGUGCUGGCUUUGACAGUGGCUUCACAGCUAUAUUUGGAUGAGGAUGUCCAAAAAUGUGGUUAAUGGACUAUCAGAGUUCACUAUCUAAGUAUGAAACACAAAGCUGAAAGGAUCUUGAAGUUGCGGAUAGGCUAUUUCUCUAUAACUUUUUAUAUAGUCGUUGUCUGCAGUUGUUAUUGUGUGAAUUAUACAGUGACUUUCAGGGAUGUCGACUAGCAUUUUAAAUAUGCUACAUUUUUAACUAAACAAACAAACACUAAAAUAGUUUAUAUCUGAUUGGUAAAUAUAUAAUAAAAUUACUAAUAAUGGCAAUGGGAAGUGCUUAAGUAAAAUUUUUCAAGAAAUUAAAAUAUACGAUUUUUAAAGUUAUUGAAACAUUAAAAAAAAAAAAAAAACAGUUUGAAACACUUGUUCUUGUAUGUAAAAAUGAUUAACUUCUAAGAUCCACUUGUUCUUUCCCCUAAUUCCCACUGCCAAAAGUGGUGAUCAUUUAAUUCCAGAUUGUUCUGCUUGUUCUCAGUUUUGCAGACAAUUCUGAUUCAGAUAGUCACAGAGCACUUUUAUACUGCUAACACUUAGUGUAAUAGGGACUUCCAGGUGCUAAUGCAGAAUUCAGCACUACUAGAUGGUGCUGCAGUUGUUGUUGUUUUUUUUUUUGUAAUGUGCAAACAGUGCUCUCUACUGGCAACAGUGCAAAAAGCAUCAUGGUCUGUCUAUCGUGUACUUUUAGUUAUUUAACUAUACUUUUUGUACUGUUUUAAACCAAUAAAUGAAAUGGUUUUCAUAUAAAGUUGAGUCCAUAUCUAUCUAUCUAUCUAUCUAUAGAUCUGAGACCAUA